GGUGGGUGUGGCGCGAAGGCCGGAGGGAGCGUGGCCGGCGGCUGCGGGCAUCUGGGCCGCCGACAUGCCUCGGUAUGCGCAGCUGGUCAUGGGACCGGCAGGCAGCGGGAAGGUGAGGAUUUGGGGGGAAAAGGAGGAGUUCAGCACCUACUGUGCCACCAUGGUCCAGCACUGUGAAGCCCUCAACCGGUCUGUCCAAGUUGUAAACCUGGAUCCAGCAGCAGAGCAUUUCAACUACCCGGUGAUGGCUGACAUCCGGGAAUUGAUCGAAGUAGAUGAUGUGAUGGAGGAUGAUUCUCUGCGGUUCGGUCCCAAUGGAGGACUGGUAUUUUGCAUGGAGUACUUUGCCAAUAAUUUUGACUGGCUAGAAAGCUGUCUUGGCCACGUCGAGGAUGACUAUAUCCUUUUCGAUUGUCCAGGUCAGAUUGAGUUGUAUACUCACCUGCCUGUGAUGAAACAGCUGGUCCAGCAGCUCGAGCAGUGGGAAUUCCGAGUCUGUGGAGUUUUUCUUGUUGAUUCUCAGUUCAUGGUGGAAUCAUUUAAGUUUAUAUCUGGCAUCUUGGCAGCCCUGAGUGCCAUGAUCUCUCUAGAAAUUCCACAAGUUAACAUCAUGACGAAAAUGGAUCUGCUGAGUAAGAAAGCUAAAAAGGAGAUUGAGAAGUUUCUAGAUCCAGACAUGUAUUCUCUAUUAGAAGAUUCUACAAGUGACUUAAGGAGCAAAAAAUUCAAAAAAUUGACUAAUGCUAUAUGUGGACUGAUUGAUGACUACAGCAUGGUUCGAUUUUUACCUUAUGAUCAGUCAGAUGAAGAAAGUAUGAACAUUGUAUUACAACAUAUCGAUUUUGCCAUUCAGUAUGGAGAAGACUUGGAAUUUAAAGAACCAAAGGAACAUGAAGAUGAGUCUUCCUCUAUGUUUGAUGAAUAUUUUCAAGAACACCAGGAUGAAUGAAGAGUUUACGAAAAAGUAACUGUCUGUAUGUAAAAAACGUGUGGCCAAACUGGCAGAACAUCCUUCUCUUCAAAGAAUGCAGCAGUAGAAAGCUACUUGUUUUAAUGAAAAAAGAGCACUUGGCUCUUUAUCAGCAUCAUGCUUGAAUCAAGUUCUGAAUCAUUCUGAAACUGCUAUUCAAAGUGGAAUCUUUUAUUAUUAUUUUAACAAUGUCAACUUAGAUUUUAAAAGUCAGAAUUGAAAUCAAUACACAUAAAUUUGCAUAUAGUAUAAAUUAGCACCUGUGCUACAGUUAAGGCCAGUCCAGCCUUAUUUUUACUGUUUGUGUUGUUUUGAGGUGCAGAAAUUAUUGUAACACAAUAUACAUAUGUAUAUCCAAAGGAAAGAAUCUGAAAGGAUACAGGUAAGAUCAUUGCUCAUCUGUACUUCUCAUUUUCCUACAUUAAAAAUGUAUUAUUUAUAUAAUUAAAAAUAGAAAGUAACUAUA